AUGGCAUGUCCAUACCUUAGAUGCCUAGAAGAUCAUGAAGCUUUAGAAGUCCUAAAAGAUAUACAUGAAGGAUACUGUGGAAACCACACCGGAGGAAAAUCCUUAGGCUCCAAAGUGCUAAGGACAGGAUACUACUGGGCAAUGAUGAAAAUAAAUGCCUUUUUAUACGCGAAAAAAUGUGAUGCAUGCCAAAGGCAUAGAAACAUCCUCCGUCGACCUGCAGAAUCGUUACAUCCUAUUAUCCCCCCUUGGCCAUUCAUGAAAUGGGGAAUGGAUAUAAUUGGCAAGUUACUAAAAGCUCUUGGUGGAAAUGUGUUCAUAUACUUUUGCAUGAGUUGGGGGAUUAAAAUGAUAAUGUCCAUUCCUGUUCGCCCUCAAGCUAACGGUCAAGUUGAAUCCAACAAUAAGCUCAUAGUCAACAAUUUAAAGAAGUGGUUAGAUGAGAAGAAAGGAAGAUGA